UAGUUAUAUAAACUGAGAGAGAGAGAGUAAAAGCAGGCGAAACGAAACAAUUAGUGUUAGAAUGCUAAAUUUCGCAGCGAUGUUCGGCAGAAGAAGACAUCGUGCUCCCAAAUCUCCGGCGGCGGUCGGUAAAAAGAAGGAUAAGUGUGGGGGUAUGCUUUAUCAUCUACUCUGCGGUUUAGGAAGCAAGGUGAGACCAGAACCAGAUAGCAAGGCCAGAGGAUCAAAGCAUUCACAUGGUAGUGGUGCUGGAGGACCAAAUAACACUUCUGCUCGUAGGUCAUGGAAAACAGGCACCAAGUCUGAAGAAAGAAAGAUUGCCACUUCCCCUCCCCACGAUGGUGCUGCGUGUCCUGUUCGAUUUUUCAUUGUUGUCCGGGAUGAUUCUAAAGAUGGUACCUUGGCAAAAGAAUCAAAGAUCAACACAGGUACCUUGCCCAAAGAAUCAAAGAUCAACAGAGUUGAUGAGUCUUCUUUAUGUUCCAGCGAUCUGGAGGUGGACUUUCCUAAUGAAACAGAUUAUCCGGAUCUGUCUGGAAUCUUCACCGAUGGUUAUCCCUCUGAUGGUAGUAGCGAAGAGGUCACUUCAAACAGCUCCCCUAAGUGGAUCCCACUUGACAGUAGAUUUGAUUUGCGCAAUGCUCGUCCUUGUCCCCCCCACGGCAUCAUCUAGAUCUUCCUGGAACUUGUUAGGAUUUCCCUCGGAUGUUGGAUUUUAAGAGAAUAAUAGAAUAGUUUAAAUGUUUUUGUAAAAAGCUCUCUGGGUAGAUAUCUGAUAUAUGAAU